UCAGUAGGUGAAAGCUCUUUGCCCCCAUUGGUCCCUUUUAUCUUGUCCUGUUGUUUCCUGGGGGACAGCCCCUGCUGAGCCCAGGACCUGCACCUGCAGACCUGUUUGAAGGAUUUCUCUUCAGACUGCCACAUUCUAGAUUCCAGUUGAAGCCUGUCGGACCUCAAAACGUUCUAAGAUGCCGCUGUCACGUUCCCUGUCCAUGACGUCCCUGAGCGGGCUGCUGCCGGCCUGGGAGGAGGACGCGCUGCCUGUGGAGGACCUGCUGCUCUUCGAGGUGGCCUGGGAGGUCACCAACAAAGUUGGAGGAAUCUACACAGUGAUUCAGACCAAAUCCAAGAUCACAGUGGACGAAUGGGGGGAGAACUACUGUUUGAUGGGGCCCUACUUCGAACACAACUUUAAGACCCAGGUGGAGGGCUGUGAGCCUCCAAACCCCGCCAUCAGGAAGGCCAUGGAUGCUCUCAUCCACAAUGGCUGCCAGCCGCAGGUUCAUUUUGGCCGCUGGCUGAUCGAGGGCAGCCCCUAUGUGAUCCUGUUUGACAUCGGCUCUGCAGCCUGGAACCUGGACCGCUGGAAGGGGGACCUGUGGCAGACCUGCAGCAUCGGCCUGCCCUACCACGACCAAGAGGCCAACGACUCGCUCAUCCUGGGCUCCCUGAUCGCCUGGUUCUUCAAAGAGUUAACAGACCACCUGGGAGACAAGCCCAAUGUCAUUGUUCAUUUCCAUGAGUGGCAGGCUGGUCCAGGGCUUAUUCUCUCUCGCUCCCGCAAGAUUCCCAUGGCAACGGUCUUUACUACACAUGCCACCCUGCUGGGACGAUACCUCUGUGCUGGGAAUACUGACUUUUACAACAACCUGGACAAGUUCAACAUUGACAAGGAGGCUGGUGAGAGGCAGAUCUACCAUCGUUACUGCCUGGAGAGAGCAGCGGUCCACUGUGCUCACGUCUUCACUACAGUCUCCCAGAUCACUGCUGUGGAAGCCAGCCACAUGCUGCACAGGAAGCCAGAUGUGGUGACCCCGAACGGUCUGAAUGUGAAGAAGUUCUCGGCCAUGCAUGAGUUUCAGAACCUGCACUCCACCAACAAGGCCCGCAUCCAGGAGUUUGUCAGAGGACACUUCUAUGGUCAUCUGGACUUCAACCUGGAGAAAACCCUCUUCUUCUUCAUUGCUGGACGCUAUGAGUUUUCCAACAAGGGAGCUGAUAUUUUCCUUGAAUCACUGUCCAGACUCAACUACCUACUGCGGGUCCACAGAAAUGAUGUGACAGUGGUAGUUUUCUUCAUCAUGCCAGCUAAAACCAACAACUUCAAUGUGGAGUCACUGAAGGGGCAGGCGGUACGCAAACAGCUCUGGGAUACAGCUCACACUGUGAAGGAGAAGUUUGGGAAAAAGCUGUAUGAUGCUCUGUUAAAAGGGCAGAUCCCUGACAUGAACUCCAUUCUGGACCGAGACGACUUCACCAUUAUGAAGAGAGCCAUCUACGCCACUCAGAGACACGGCCUCCCACCAGUGACCACUCACAACAUGCUGGACGACUCAACAGAUCCCAUCCUGUCCAACGUCAGACGCAUCGGCCUCUUCAACUCCAGGAACGACCGCGUCAAGAUUAUCUUCCACCCUGAGUUCCUGUCCUCCACCAGCCCACUGCUGCCGAUGGACUACGAGGACUUUGUUCGUGGCUGUAACCUGGGAGUGUUCCCCUCCUACUAUGAACCAUGGGGAUACACACCUGGUGAAUGUAGUGUAAUGGGCAUUCCCAGUGUGACCACCAACCUGUCAGGUUUCGGCUGCUUCAUGGAGGAGCAUGUCUCAGACCCUGCUGCCUAUGGUAUUUACAUUGUGGACCGGCGGUUCCGUUCGGCCGAGGAGUCCUGUAACCAGCUGACCCAGUUCAUGUUCAGUUUCUGCCAGCAGUCUCGGCGCCAGCGCAUCAUCCAGCGGAACCGAACUGAGAGGCUGUCUGACCUGCUGGACUGGAGAUACCUGGGACGGUUCUACAUACACGCCCGCCAUCUUGCCCUUAGCAGGGCUCUCCCAGACAAGUUCAAGAUGGACCCCAUGGCCCCCCUGAAGACAGAGGGUUUCCGUUACCCCCGGCCCUACUCCGUGCCCCCCUCUCCCUCUGCCUCCCUCCACUCCACCCCCCAUCACAGUGAUGUAGAGGAUGAUGAUGAUGAUGAUGAGCCCUAUGAUGAAGAUGAGGAGGCUGAGAGGGACCGGCUGAACAUCAAGGCUCCCAUUGUGCUGGGCGGCGUGCUGGAGGGCAAGAAGAAGCAACCAGGAGAGUCAGGAAACUGACACUUAUGUGCAGACUGUACACAGGUUUAUCCAGUCACCCAGUGCUUCUGCAAGGCGCGUACAGAAUACUCACCAUCUGAUACCAAAAAUACACUAGUGAUGGAGAUCAGGCUUCCCCUCUGCAGUAAACUCCCCCAUCUCCACAGUCAUUACCUCCUUUACUUCCUUUUCUGCUGCUGCCAGGUCACACCAAAGCCCUAAACUCCAGAACACCUGAAACCAGGAUUACUUGAAAGUUUGUGGAUUUAAAACAAAACCAAAAAGUCCUGAAAGUGUUUUAAAAUGAAUGGUCAUGAUAGUGCUGGUUUGGAAUAUACUAGCCCUGAUCCAGGCUCAUCACAAAACCCAAACUCAUGGUCUGAAGCUCAGUUUAAUUGUGAUGGCUAGGCUUCAUUCUUGGCUCACGGUUGUUUUCAGUAUACAUGCUCCCUCUCAGUCAGGUUAUACAGAACAAGAGAUGUGGUUGUCAAUUUCUAUGCAGAUGACACAGUUAUAUGCAAGCCAAUCAGUCUAGCAGCCUAAGUAAUCUUCUUGUCUGCCUUAAAGGUCCAGUGUGUAGGAUUUAGUGGCAUCUAGCGUUGACAUUGCAGUUGCUGCAACCAUUUUAAUACCGCUUGCAUCACCUUCUCCUUCCAAGCACGUAGGAGAAACUACGGUGGCUGUGAAGCUUGCAAAAAAUGCGAAUGGCCCUAUCCAGAGCCAGUGUUUGGUUUGUCCGUUCUGGGCUGCUGUAGAAACAUGGCGGUGCAACAUGGCAGCCUCCGUGGAAGGGGAGAUAAAAUCGGCUCAUUCUGAGGUAAUGAAAACACAACGAUUCUUAUUUUCAGGUGAUUAUACACUAAUGAAAACAUACUUAUAAAUAUUAUAUUCCAUUUGUGCCAAUAGCCCCUCCUAAAUGUUCCACACUGGACCUUUAAUGACAGUAAAAUAAAAAAAUGCAUUUAAGUUCUAAUCCUGUGUGUGCCUGUUUUAAUUGUUCAAUUAUGUCUUGGUUUCUGUCAAGUAUAUGUCAAAAAGUUUUUUUUUAGUAUUUAUAUAUAUAAUGUUCCUGUUAAACAACAUUGUUGAUGACUCAUCAACACAAGAGCAUUAGUGAGGUCCAACAGUGUUGUUGGGUGUUCAGGUCUACUGUGAAUAAGUAGGUGGACAGAUGCUUUUGGCCACAUAGUAUAUCUGUAUGGCCAGAAGUAUUUAUACAUGUAACUUGUCUUUCCUUUACAGUCUAUCCUGUUAUUUCUCAUACCAAACAAUCUUUCUUAGAGAAAAUGCCAAAAAAAAGUCUAUUUGCUCUUAAAAAGUCAAAAAAUAAAAAAUUGCAAAUA